UCUGAUCCCCUCUGUUUUUCAUCAGAGAGGUCCAACGAGAGAAAACACAAGGAGACAGGCUCUGACUUAAAAUCUGCUCUGCCUGCGCACAGCAUCCCACCAUGUCCACCUUUGUGGUUUUGGUAUGAGGGAAUAUGCUAUUUCUUCUCCAAUAAAGAAAAGAGCUGGAUGUCUAGCCAGGAAUACUGCUUGUCAUUUAAUGCUUCCUUGGCUGUUAUUCCAAACAAUGAAAAGGACAUUGUCAAGCGUUGGAAAGGCACAAAUUCCUACUGGAUUGGCCUGAGAAGAGAUCCUGGUCAGCCCUGGAAAUGGACAAAUGGAGAAAAUUCCACGUUAGAGGUACUUGGCGAUGGAGGCGACUGUGCAUAUCUGGGUGAUAAGGGCCAAGCAUAUGUUUCAAGGUGCAACAUGGAGCAUCACUGGAUAUGCCGCAGACCGGGUCCUCCUGCAAGCGCGGACGUUGCGGGGAAGGGGCAUAUCCCCCGCACAACUGAAACUGAAAUGUGAAACUUUAUGCACUUAACACUCUACUUUUUGUAAGCACCUUACUGUUAUAAACUAUUAAAGUGUAUUAAACCAAAAACAUCUGUUUAGGGGUUUUUUUAGGUCACAAGCAAUCGAUUGAAAUGGAGUUAUCUCUUUCUUUGAAAUACAUUAUGUUGCAUCCUUCGGUGCAACAGUUCGAUGGAUGGUGUUGACAGGAAUGAAGUGUCUGUUAUCUGCUAGGAAAUUUUGUGGCAAAUACUGUAUUCCCAUUUUGGAUGGUUCUGGAGAUGUUGGAACAGGCCCUACAGUUGAUUUUCUUUACCCCAAUGCAGCACAACUAAACUU